UAUUAGGAGAUGGUUUUGCAGUGGAAUUUUCCCACAGUGCUUCAGCGCAGCAGCGUAACGGACUGGUCAGAGGUCUGCGGUUGCUGUUUUCUGCUGCUGUUGUUUGUUGUCUUUUGAAUAAAAUUGCACAAGGGCUGUCCGAAGUCGUAGCUGCGCAGGUCAUUUCAAGAUUGUAUUGUGAACAGAAAUACGCAACUUAAAUGUACUGUGAACAGAAAUACGCAACUUAAAAGAGUAAAGCUUCCUUCUCUUCGUUGCCUUACAUUUUGUUUUGUGGAAAUACCUCAGCGAUGUCCGCAUUCAACUUACUUCAUUUGGUGACUAAAAACCAGCCAGUGCCCGAGCGAGCCUGUGGACUCCCCUCAGGUCUGAAAAGAGAAAAGAAGAAUUACAAGGUGGUUUUCACUGAAGAAGAACUGAGGAAACGCCUCUCACCUAUGCAGUACCAUGUUACUCAAGAAAAGGGAACUGAGAGUGCCUUUAAAGGGGAAUUCGCCGACCACAAAGAUGAAGGAACCUAUACCUGUGUUGUCUGCGGGGCUCUGCUUUUUAAAUCUGAAACCAAAUUUGACUCAGGAUCAGGUUGGCCCUCGUUCUUUGAUGUGGUAAAGACAGAUGCUGUUUCCCAGAUGGAUGACUUCUCUUACGGCAUGCAUAGAAUUGAAACGAGCUGUAGCCAGUGUGGUGCUCACCUUGGCCAUUUGUUUGAUGAUGGACCCCGUCCGACUGGUAAAAGAUACUGCAUCAAUUCUGCCUCAUUAUCCUUUGCACCUAAGACACAGAUACCCACUGAGAAGGCUAAAAGUAAUGACAAUCAACACUUGCCAGCAGGCUCCGAAAAUGCACAACUGUAAGCUUCUUAUUGGAGCCCAGCCUAUGGACCUUGAAAUCGCCUAUGGCCUUUAUUGCUGUUAUAACAUUUUAAUUUUUUCAGUGUUCAGUCUAUUUUUUGGAGAACAAAAGAGCUUCAUAUAAAUUUUGAAAACAAGGUAAUUUUGAUACAGGCAUAUUAUGUACAGUAUAAUAAAGGCAAUACCUACACUUACAGAGAAUGUUGGACUGGAUGAACAAUAAAGUUUUAAACCAAAAAUGUAAAAGUGAAAUGAUUUUAAUAUUAAUCCACUGAUUUAUGACUAAGAGAAUACAAUAACUAUUAUGACUAUGUAUUUCAACCAAAGUCGGUUUUUUAGUAAUGAUUAGAAAGCUUAUUACAUAAUAAUUACAUAAAGUAGCAUAAAAGCAAGCACAGUGUGAUUGUCGGGUGCGUAAGGAAUGAAUGAGUUGGCUAUUCACUAAUUUUGCAGAAAUGUUAGACAAAAAUAUUUUUUGCAUCAAAUCUUCUGAUUUAAUCUAUGACUUCUAUUUUCAGUUGCAUUCAUGUUGUAAUAUUGGAGCAUUUAUUAAAGUGGAACAAUCAAUUCAUUCCGAAAAUAUCAAAA